AUGGGACCCAUUUCGCCAAAAAUAUCCGAAAAUGGGAGCGAUGACGCGGGACUAUGGCUCGCUUUUGCCAUCUGCGGACAAUUUGCGAAUUCGAAAAUUGAAAUUUGUCCGCAGAUGGGUUUCAUGAUAGGAGCUCGAUAUGGGCCAUCGUUGAUGCCGGGCGGCAAUCCGGAAGCGUGGCCGCACAUCAAAGACAUCUUCCAGUCGAUCGCCGCGAAAUCGGACGGCGAGGCGUGCUGCGAUUGGGUCGGCCGCGCCGGCUCGGGACAUUUCGUGAAAAUGGUGCACAACGGCAUCGAGUACGGCGACAUGCAGCUGAUCGCCGAGGCCUAUCAUUUGAUGUUGAAAGGCGUCGGUUUGAGUCACGAUCAGAUGGCCGAGGUGCUCGAGGACUGGAACAAAGGCGAACUCGGUUCGUUCCUCAUCGAGAUCACCGCCAACAUUCUCAAGAAUCGCGACGAGACCGGUCAGCCGAUUGUGCCGAAAAUUCGCGAUUCGGCCGGACAGAAGGGCACCGGCAAAUGGACGGGAAUUGCCGCUCUCGAUUACGGGGUGCCGGUCACCCUAAUUGGAGAAGCUGUGUUCGCGCGUUGCUUGUCAUCGAUCAAGGAUGAGCGUGUGCGCGCCGCCGGCGAGUAUUCGCGUGCCGCCGCUAAUCCGGAAUCGGUUAUUCAGGAUAAGCGCGAAUUCAUCAAGCAUAUCAGCAAGGCUUUAUACGCUUCGAAAAUUGUGAGCUACGCGCAAGGCUUCAUGCUUCUCGCUGAAGCGAGCCGCCAAUUCAAAUGGGAUCUGAAUUUUGGCGCGAUUGCGCUCAUGUGGAGAGGCGGCUGCAUUAUUCGAUCGCGAUUCCUCGGCGACAUCAAGAGAGCGUUUGAUGUGAACAAGAGCCUCUCGAAUUUGCUGCUUGACGCGUUCUUCAAAAAAGCGAUUUUGGAUUGUGAAAACUCGUGGCGCGAGGUCGUCUGCGCGGCGGUUCGCCUUCGCAUUCCGACGCCGGCUCUCUCAUCGGCGUUGGCGUUCUUCGAUGGAUACACGACCGAGGUUCUCCCUGCGAAUAUGAUCCAGGCUCAGCGUGACUAUUUCGGAGCACACACUUAUGAGCUUCUCGCGAAUCCGGGCACAUGGAUCCACACGAACUGGACCGGACACGGCGGACGAGUCACCUCGCGCACCUACAACGCUUAA